UGCACUUGAGCAUUUUAGUAAAUUUACUGAAUCGUUGGACUUGAAGUCGUGUGAAAAUGAGUUUGAGAUUUUUUGUUAUUUUGUGUCUAUUGUGUGGAAUUAAUGCUGGAUAUGAAGAGAUUGAUUUGUCAAUUAUUGGAGCAGUUGAGGAAAGACCAGGCUUUUGGGAUGACAAAAUACCUGAAUUGAAACCACACCAGAUUGUCUCCCGAUUAAGAUCCUCUCGGAUUGUUGGUGGCUGGGAAGUGAAACCUCAUUCACAUCCGUAUGUAGUCUUUAUGCUUUCAACUUACGGUCCCAGCACUUGGAGAUGUUCUGGAUCAAUCAUUAGCUCAACAGCUAUUUUAACUGCAGCUCACUGCCCAGAAGGAUCAACAAGUUCAUUAGUUGUAUCAGGUGUCCAUAAUGUCAACACAAUCGAAGAAACACAACAAAGAAGAAGAAUUCCGAGUUAUGAUUACAAAAUUCACGAAAAUUAUAAUCCACAUAAUCUACAGAAUGACAUUGCAAUUCUCUUUAUACGAAGUUAUCCGAUAACUGAGACUCGUGAGGUUCAAUUUGUCCAACUGCCUUAUGAUUAUAAGAAGGAACUAUUCGUUGGUGAAAUGGUAUCAAUUGUUGGAUGGGGUCGAACCUGCACAUUGUGUCAAUCUUCUUCAGUUUUAAGAGGGUCUGAAAAUUAUGUCAUUGCAAAUGAAGAAUGUUUGCCUUAUCACACCUUAUUUUCUGAUCAUCAAAUGUGUAUUAGAACAGAAGGUGCACGUGGCGCUUGCCUUGGGGAUGCUGGAGGACCAUAUACACUAUCCAGAUCAGGAUCAACAGACCGCACAGCAAUUCAAAUAGGCAUUCACAGUGUGAUUGCUGUCGGAGGAUGUGAAGCUGAUCGUCCAAGCGGAGCUGUUCGUCUGACUUAUUUCUUGGACUGGAUUGAUUCGAAUCUUAAAGCAUAAGAAGUUUAAAAUCAGUGGUUCUCAAUCUUUGUUUCAUGUUCUUUUUAAUGGUUAAAGAAUUAAAGAAUAAGCAUUCUUCAUGUAGUUUAAAAUUAUUAUUUUUUAACUGAUUAAUUGUUAAGCAUCUUGUAAGCUAGCUAGCAUUAAGAUAGACUGAAAAUGACUUAUAAAUUGCAUUGAAUUAAUAAAAUAAACAAUUAAAUUUAAUUGAUUUUACAGUCGAAUACUAAAAGUUUAAUUUAUUUUUCACUUUUUACUUCAACAAUCAAGGCUUUUGGUUGUUAUUUAAAUGAACAAUAGACCUAAAGUCUCCAAUUUACCCAAAAUCGUCCCAAAAAAUCAUCAAAUCUCUCAAAUUUCAUCCCUAUUUAUGUGGAUCAGGUGUCAAGUUGUCAAUCCUCUGACUUAAUUCCUCAACAAUGCUUUCCAGUUCACAAACUCUGUCAUAAAUGUUGCCCACGCCACAACUUCCAGGUGGUGGUGUUGGAAGUGGUGUUGUUGGAAUCUGCAUUGCUGAAUAGUUGUCCAAACAUUUUUGUAAUGAAAUUGUCAAAUUUUCUCUGGAUAAAUUGUAGAAAUAUCCAUUAGCGCAAAUAUUUGAGUUCAUGUAGAGGGUUUGGAUGUUUGUGUUCUCAAUAAUUGCAGGGCUUAAUGCCAAUAUCAUGUUGUAGUUUAAAAAGACAUUUUCAAGAACUGGAUGUGAACUAAAUACACUCGUUUGAAUAACUUGGAGGAAAUUCUGGUUAAUCUGCAAAUUUUGAAGGUGGAUCAAAGGUGUGAAAAUGCCAUCUGGUAGGUCCAUCAAAUAGUUUAGAUCCAAAAUCAAGUUUCUCAAGAAUCUCGUAUUCUCAAAUGCAUUUGGUGCUAAAUCUGUGAUUUUAUUGUUUGACAGGUUCAAAAUUGUAAGCACAGAGCAGCUUCUCAAGGCAUUUGGUCCGACAUAUCCAAUGAAACUAUUAAUGAUGGACAAAUGGUCAGAAAAUCGGAAAGAAUUGCACAAAAUUGAUGGAAUAAUUGUUGUUGUUGAAGUGUUACUUGACAUGACACGACGGACGUCCAUGUGGAUUUUUCCUUUUAAAUGUUCACCGUCAAUUUUUGUAAAGUUGUCAAUUCCAUCGGGAUUGAAAGUGUUUAAAUAGCACGUGUAUCCUAGUGUAUGGUUCUGGUAUACACAAUUAACACUUGGAUCGGUUUGACUUAUUACUAAAUAAGCAAAUGCUGCCGCCAAUAAAAUAGAGAAUAUCAACUUCAUGUUUACUGGAAUGUCACUUAAGAAGCUCGAAUCAAAAC